AUGUCCAACUCUCCAAUUAAAUCAAAUCUCGUGCUCCUUGUCCCUGGGCUUCUCACUGCUAUUAGCCUUCGUUUGACGUGCAGGGCUCUGGGCGAGAAAGCUUAUUUCGACAGGGUCUUCUUGUCUGCCAAUUCACGAAACAUUGAAGUUGCAAGAGCAGUUGCUGACAACAAAAAGUUCCGCAAGGGGGUCAAAGAGAUCAUAUGGGAUGAUGCUCUACUUGCCCACGAUAUAGUGAGGCCUAUUGAAGCAAUUCAUAUGCUAGCAGAAUCUCCUCGGGCAGAAGAUGACCCAUCCACCUGGUUCAUACGAGCUUUCAAGGACAAUAUUGAGAAUUUAAGAGAUCUAAAAAGAGACAGAAAAAGGCCAAAGACGCGAGAGGUUUUGCCAUUUUUUGAAUCAUGGAGUUACUACGAGACACUUUUAGAGCAGUGGGAAAAAGUGCUAAGAUCUGGGGCUCAUAUUAAUGUAUUGACGUACGUCUUGGGGCGCUUUCGAUCACUACGAAGAAUUACUAUUACACCCGCCGCUCAUGACAGUUUGGAUCGACCGCUUUACGAAACGCCUAUGUUAAAACUUUCUCCAAAAGGUUUCAACUAUCCAAUCCCACGCGACUGGCCAUCUUCUGGGGCAUUUGGACUUUAUAUCUUGCCUCCAAGGACGAAUGACCGCCAUAUCUCAGAGCUAACCAUCGAUGUUAGAGAACUCGAAACAGGACUGAGUUGUCGUAUCUUUGACGAACCAUGUGAGGAGUAUGAUAAUCUUGUUCAUCUACUUCAACAGCCAGGCUUCCGCCGCAUAGAUCUCGCCCUACUUGAUGGUGAGCAGGAUCAUGUUGACGACUGGCCAAGUUACCGCGGUGGUUACUUGAAAAAGAUGUUCGAGGCAGCGCCCAACUUGGAGCAUGUUAGCCUCCGAAUAAUGGCUGAUUACGAUCAAAUUUAUCCCGAUUUCGAGGAAUAUUGCAUUCCACUUCAGACCAUCUUUCCCGUUGAUCGAUGGCAGAAGCUCUGA